AUGAAAAUUUUGCAUCUAUCCUGUUCCCUCUCAAGACUAUUUUACAUCUUGUUCACUACUGAACUCUCUCUCUCUCUCUCUCUCUCUCUCUCUCUCUCUCUCUCUCUCUCUCUCUCUGUGGCCUCUAAUAUUUCAAUGAUAUCUUCUCUGUUUGCAUUUUCUUCUCUUUUCAUUUUCUUUUCUUUUCAUCUUUUCUUUUCUUUUCUUUUUCUUUUCUCUUUCUUUUUUCCUUCCUUUUUGUCUUUUCUUUAUUUCUUUUUUGUUUCUUUUCUUUCUUUUUGUUUCUUGUUUUCUCUUUUCUUUUCUUUUUCUUUUCUUUUUCUUUUCAUUUUAUUUUUAUUUUAUUUUUAUUUUUAUUUUCCUUUUUAUUUUUUAUUUUAUUUUCUCUUUUUUGCUUUUUCUUUUUCUUUUCUUUUCUUUUCUUUUCUUUUUCUUUUCCUUUUCUUUUUUCUUUUCUUUUUCUUUUCUUUUUCUUUUCUUUUGUCUUUUUUCUUUUCUUUUGUCUUUUCUUUUUCCUUUUUUCUUUUCUUUUUUCUUUUCUUUUCUUCGCCUAUUCUUUCGUUUUCUUUUUCUUUUUUCGACAACAGUUUUAAAGAAUUAACUUUUUUUUCUUUUCUUUUUUCUCGUGGACCUUUCAAUACAAAAUGGUGGGAUGAUGUUUAA